AUUCAAGAAUGGAAUCGCAAUAAGACUUACGAAGUAUAAAGGAGAACUCAAGCAUUUGGGAGCCCAAGUAUUACCUGAUGGUAAUAAUCUUUUGCUUUUUUAUUUAUUUUUUUUCGAAGAAGAAUACUAUCAAAUAAGAGCCGAUGAAGGUAUAUAGUUUGUGAAUUGCAAUAGGAUAGAGUAUGGAAGAAAUUUGCUUUUGCAUAUUAAGACAUGAUGAAUACAUUUGACAUUCCAGAGAAGGAACUUCUUAAGCAUACUUUUCAUAAUACUAUUUUUAAUACAAACCCUCCUCGAGUCUAUUCAGAUAAAAGAAAAACAACCAAAAAGACAUCUAGUGUGUCUUUUGAUUUAGCUAAAAAUGUUACUCAUAUGUUUUAAUAAAAUGGGUAUUGAAUCUAAUAAUUUC